AAAAACAAGAUAAUGAAAUAAUUAUCACUCAGAUACAGAACAGAAUAAAGUCAGAUUAUUAUAAACUUCUCAUAAGAGUUACACACAGUAGCUAGUAAAUACAGCUGAGUUACCUUUUUAAGCAUACAGGCAUAGCUGUUUACACUCAGGGCAGACCAGGGGGACAUAGACUCAUAUAGGUCUAAUCUAUUAAUACGAGCAAGAAAAACACAGAUAAUGGAAGAUUGUAAAGCCACUUCAGUACAAAUCAACUGACUGUUGUCUGUAUGCUUACUCUGAGAUGUACAGGAAAAAUUUCUUGAUUAAAAACAACAAUGCACUACAAAGAGAUAAGUAAAUGCUUAUAUACAUGGAUUUAAUUAGUUGAAACACCCUCGUUUGAAAAGCACGUUUCAAUCCAUGUUUGCCUAAGAUUCUGGCAAAUUCAAACGAAACAAUGGCAAAAUGUUUUUUGAUAAUCGAUUGGGACACAUGUCAUUCAUUAUAGACGCAUAUUUGCCUAUGAUACGAUAUUUUUGCAAAGAAAAUACCUUAUAACUAUCAUUCAAACACGAGUUCAGAAACAUCACUCAUUGAGACUAAUGGCCCAUUUUAACGUGUACGUGGCUCAUUCUGUCCGCCACGAAAAAAAACAUAGCAAACUUUCUAUGAACUGCGUGAAAUAAACGGAAAUACAAACCAAGAAAACAGAUCUUUGUAACAUCGAUUAUAACCUUUAAUUAAAUCGCGCGAUCAACGGUUUUAACCCGAACUCCGUGAAAAAAAUCAUAUUUGUCGAAUCUGCCGCCAUCCGAGAUGUGGUGGGAAAUCGGGUAAAAUUAUCAACAUGCACGCACAUGCCCGCAGAUACCACGAUCCAUAACACCGGUCUCGAUCUCUUCUAGGUUCGUGAAGCAAUCUUCGGUGAAAUGCGCUGCACAAGCUUGAACAUUCGGAUUGUACUUUUAAAUAAAAUGGCAAGGCAGGGCAAACAAAGUGUCUUUCUUUUCGCGACGAAACACACAGCGUCUCCGCGACAUGCGGUGACAAUACAAUGAGAUUUACAAGUACACACACUUUACUUCCGUAUAGAUUUGGGCGGUCAUGUUACGAAGUGACGCACAUUCGCCGGGGUGUUUUUACACGAGGCGAUUCAGGCAGGGCUGGGUGAGUAUUUGCCUUUAGAUAUUAAUGCAUCUUUUGUUCCGACACUUUCAUUUUUGAAAUUUUACGUGUCUAAUACAUGCAUGGGUCACUUAAAACACACCAAAUACACAGAAAACACGUAUUCGCGCAGUAUACGAUGUAAUAAAUUAACAGUUAAUUCAUUAAUAGAACAGUUUGACAACACGCAGUGUGACUUACGUUGCCGAAGUUUACGAGGAAUAUAACGUUUCCGCUGCGGGCUGCAUCCACUUCAUUUCAGACAACGCGCGCACCCCGCACCUGCUUACUAGCAACGUUCGUUUCCGCCCACUGAAACCGGGCUCAGUCUUGAUCUGUACUACAGCAGAGAAGUUGAAACGGAUGCGACUGUAACGUGGAUUUGCCGGUUUGCAGAUGGAUCCGGCUCGGAGUCCCCUGCUAUCUGGGUAUAGCCAACACAUGAUCGAACUAGCAGUGAAAUGUAGGUCGCAAAAACUAUAGUUAGACUGUGCAAUAUAGCAUCUCACAAUUGCAAUAAAAUAUGUACACUUAUGAUGGAUUAAUUUAUUGGAUAUCAUUAUUACGCUGUUGUGACAAAGUGACAAGGACAUGUCACCAAUCAAAACUACACUAGAACUGUAAAUAAGAUCAAGUUUAGUCUGUAGUCAUGAUCGGACUAUGCUGUUUCUAACUUCGUUUUGACAUUUCAAAUUAAUCCUGAUAUGUUCCUGCCUGUAAGCUUGUCCGUUCUGACAACGUCGCCAGUUCUUCUUCAUUUGGUUCUGAGGACGUCUUGGCAACGUUGCAUUUCUUCGAAAUUUUGCUUGCGUUCCAGAAACGUCCUAGCCACGUCCUCAAUUUUUGCUAAUGUACCAGAAAUGUCCUAGCGUAAAUUGAUCGCUUUGAGAAUCUUCAUACCACAAUUACUCAACUCAAUUUAUUUAUAUAGCACUUUUUACAAUUUAUAUUGUUACAAAGCAGCUGUACAUGAGACAUAUUGACUAUAAGCAAAACAACUAAAGUUAUAUACCUGUAAAAACAAGAAAAAGGUGAAAACACAGAAGACCGACAUACCCACAUACAAAUGCAAUAACACAGACACUCAUUUAACACACAUUAAAUUAGCACACAUUUAACAUAGAGGAGAGAGAAACACAGGUCAAAUAUUAAAUAGACUAUUAAUUUCUAUAUGCAAUAUUAAUAUGUAAUACUUCUGAAUUCUAAAGCAGCCCCCCCAGCCAGGCGAAUAGUGCAAAGUAAUAUGCAAACGGUGGUGUGGAACUCAAAACUCCAAUCGAGAAAAAAAACUCGGGAGAAACCAGGCCCAACCAGGGGAUUCCAGUUCCCCUCUGGCAAAAGCUGCUGCCUCUGCACAAGCUCGACAGUGCUUGCACGACAAGGCUAAAUAAAUAAAUAAACGUACUAAUAAGGUAAAUUAUAGAUUUAAGAUUAUCAUUAAUAAUCUAAUCUAUUUCUCCGCACUGCCAUCAGGUCUGGGCAUGAACUGCAUCCUGCGGUAACCUUGGAACAAUGAGACAAGAGUGGCUAAGAGAAGAGUACUGCUCUGCACUCUUUGAUGCAACAAGUACAUCAGUUGUUUUAGGAAGUGUUCCUGGUUCCAGUUGAUCUAAAUAAUGCAGCCUAAACCCACAUUAGUCUAGCCAUGAUGUCAUGAAUACCUCCUAGAGGUAGGACUUAUACGGCGAAAAGCAGCGGCCCUAAAACCGAGCCCUGUGGUACACCGCACUGGACUUGCGAUUUGCGUGACACCUCAUUGUUUAUUGCUACAAAUUGAAAACAGUCUGAUUUAUAAGACUUAAUCCAUUCCAAUGCUAUUCCGUUAAUGCCGACAUAAUUUUUGAGUCAAUGUAGGAGUGUGCCGUGGUCAAUGGUGUCAAAUGCAGCACUAAGGUCUAGCAGCACCAAUAACGAAAUACAACCUCGGACAAAUGCAAAAAGCAGAUCAUUAGUAACUCUGAUCAAAGCAAUUAACAAUUAACGCAGACAGUUCAACAUUUAUCAAAGCAUUUCAAGCGCCGAGCGUCACCGCACGUGUACGCCACUACGGUCAUUCCUGCAACGUUUGUAGAUUGCAACCAGGUUUUGCCCUGGAGUUAACGCUGAUCUAAGUCUCUGUACUUUGACAUGCUCUAAAUCAAAACUGGAAUUCUUCAUUAAUAUCAUUCCUUUGGAGGACGGAGCAUAAUUGAGUUGAAACUACUUUUUCCAGAACUUUAGAUAUGAAAGGUAAAUUCGACAUAGGCCUGUAAUUCCCUAGUUCUCUAGGGUCGAGGCGGUGUUUUUUCACAAGGGGCCCUAUAACAGCCACCUUAUAUGCUUUAGGCACAUGUCAUUAUGUCAGAGAUGAGUUAAUAAUACUAAGAAAAGGAUUUAUAAUUUCUGGGAGCAUAUCUUUAAGUUUUGUCGGUAUAGGGUCAAGCAUGCAAUUACAACUAUUUAUUUUGUGCGAUCAACUAUAUAUUUGUACUAUAAUAGGUGCGUGCGCGUCUUCAGCAAGCACGCGCCUUCUUUGUUCUGCAUAGAGCCGCGCGCUUUCAUAAUUUAACCGUAAACGGUCAUUUCUUUUAACCUCACUCCCUGAUUUUACUUUUGCAGUUUAUUAAUAUCCUUUAUUUACUUUAUACCCUCCAGAUGUGAGAGUAGACACACAUUUUAGUCAUUUUCGUUCGAUUUGGCGCGUUUAAAUGAACGGACCCUGAUGGUUUUGAGUUUGAUUAAAGAAUAUUUUGAUUGUUGUUUCUAAAAACGGACAACCUGCUAAAUUUAUGUGGAGAAACAAGAAUAUAAUGUUAAGCCUAAACAUACUGUUUGUUCAUCUCUGUCUAUAAAUUUCUGCUUUAAGUCCUCUAUAUUGUGUUGAAGUUUAUGAUUAUUUAUUUCAUGUACAGUAUAAAUAAAAUAUCUGAUUUUGAUGUACAGUGCUCUGUUGAGUUUUAUAAUCGUCAUACUGGGCUUUAUAAAUAUUUGAAUAGAGAAUUAAUCCAAUUAUGCAUACAAUUUAAUCUUUAACGCACAGAUAAAAUCACAAAUUAAUUUAAUCCUUCAUGUGAGGGAUAAUUAUUGUUUAAAUAAAAUAAAAAGAUUUUGACAACGUGACUGUUUGGUCGUUAGGACGUGCUCAUCACGUUCUCAGGAACGUUGUUUGGUACGUCGCUGCGACGAAUAUGGUACGUUACAGAUAUGUCUUCAGGAGGUUAUCACCAUGUCACAACAACGUCCAAUUUUACGUCGUCAGGACGAAUAUGGGAAUCACAACGUUACGUCGCUGGAAGGUUAUUAUGGUACGUCGUGGCAACGAAUAUGGUCCGGUCCAGGUGAAUAUGCAGCGCAAGGCCAUCUUUCAGCUCAUUCUUGAAAAACGUGAACUGCUGGAGAGUCAGAGGUUCCGCAGAAAUGCGCCAGGGAGGAAAGAACGGAAAGUGGCCUCUCACUUUGAGAUAACCAAAGACUCUGUUCAAAAAGUGGGGACUGAGGGAGUUAUUAAAGGAUGGACUGAGGAAGUGCUGAAUAUGAGCAGGGCAGUGCAUUAUAAUUCAGAGACCGGCACCUUCAAAGUGGAGCGCAGUGGUGUUUACUUCCUUUAUUGUCAAGUGCACUUCAAUGAGAACCAGAGUCAGUAUGUGAAGCUUGAGGUUUCCGUACCUAAAGGCCCUUUGCUCCAGUGCAUGGAGGGAUACGGAACCACACCAGCCUCCGGCUCGCACAAGUUUCACUUCCUAAAGCCUUGCCAGGUCUCAGGCCUCCUCCGCCUUAACAAAGGCGCAGAGCUUAAAGCGGUGACUGGAAGAUCCUUUAGUCUUCAGGAGUCGGGUAAACAUUACUUUGGCCUCUUCAGAGUUAACUAGAGGCAUGGUUUUCUAGACACCAUGGACUACAUCGUUUUAUGUUUUUCCAUACAUCAGUGGUUGAAAUCACCGGACUCGAAAGUACCUAAACCAGACUUGUGUCUUUGACUCUGGUACCUGCUGUUGACUUCAACAAAAGAGUUUCUCUAUAACCAGCUGAGCAUGGUCAUACAAUAGAUGUCCAUUUUAUGUACACAAGUGCGCUUCCACAAAGAUGUCCUUGGGAUGUCAAUGACUGCACAACUUGGAUCAAUCUGUGGAGAAACAUUUCUCGGUUGGGCCACAAAUGCCUUAUUAAACGCGAAACCAGCACAAUUUCGACCAUAUAAAUAUAGCAUUUAAUUACAGCAUUCCAAAGACUUUGCUCCAGCAUCGUGGUUGGCUUAUAUACUGGCAUAACCAGUUUGAACAGAAGGACGAUGAGUUUUCGCCUGAGUUGCAGGCCACUACAAGCAUCAGAGGUUUCACCACUGGUUACUUGGCUGGACCAAAACAGAGUUGCCCCAGCUGCCUUACCACUGGAUGGGUUUCAUGCUGAAAAAUAAACGUUUUGGUUGUUAUGGCAACUCUGAGGACUAAAUAUGCAAUUUAAAUAUGACCUUUAUAGAAAACGGCAAGUGAAAUCAGUCAGAUACAUUUUAUGUUUGAUGCUUUUAUUUCCAACAAGAAGCUCCAUCCUCUUUCCAAAUAUGCUUAGUCACUGUGACCAAUAUGAAACACAUAUUUAUCAAGAAAAAGAUUAAGCCAGUGACCUACUAAAGUACAUGAUGUGUUUUGUGUGAUGGGCUGUGUUAUUGAGAGCGACUUGUACAUAUGGGAUGAAAGUUAAACUUUAAGUGAUGAGAUAUUGAUCAAGGCUCUUUGGUUUGUGAAUGCAGCGCAGCAGAGGAAACUUUAAAAAAGUCACAUUAUGCCUCUAGUUUUUAUACUGUGUAUGUUUUAUGUUUUUUAAGGGAGAAUUUGCUGAUUUUUUUAGUCCAUUUACAUGUUUUUAUACCAUCGUAAUUACAUUUAAUCUCACUAAUAAGAAAUAUAUAAAACCA